AUGAGCGAUUUUGAACACUAUCCUGGUUUUAAUGAGAACAAAGAAUUUUGGUCCUACCGUGAGUUUUUGUUUCUUCACCAUGAUGAUAUCAUACUUUCAGUAACUCCAGAAGCUCAAUGGCAUGGAAUGGGCAGUGCGUGGGCUCAUCGGGUGAUCCAAGAUCAGUCAACGUCUGAUUCUGGAGUAUUCACAGUCAAAGUCUGUGCCCAAGUGAUGGUUGAGGCAUGCCCAAUUAGUCAACGUCUAGUUCAGGUAAAAUCUGAGCGCAACAACAAAAAUUUGAAAGAUUAUUGGGAAGAUAUUAUUGCUAAAUGGAAAGAGACAAAUCAAUCCUCAAAUACCUCUUUACUGCAUAAACAUGUAAAACGUCAUAUCAUGCCAUUUAAUUAUAGGGAAGCAACAUUGGUGCUCAACAUGGAGAAAUUUCAAUAUUUCCCUGUUAAUGCUAUAAGUGAUUUUUACCAGAUUCGCGUUGAACCUGAGUAUGCUUAUUUUGAUCGCACAAAUUAUAUAUCAGUGCUUGAAUCCUUUGGAGAAAAAGUGUUACUCUUUCUGCGACCACAUCGAUUUGGAAAAUCACUGACUCUUAGUAUGCUAGCUCAUUUCCAUGGAAUAGAACAUAAGAAACGUUAUUAUGAACUCUUUCAGGAUCUUGAUGUUGACAAAGAUGUCCAGAAGGGUAAAGUCAUUCCUGGGCAGUAUCUUAUUUUAUCCUUAGAUUUUGCUGGAAUCAACCGUUCAAAUGACCUUAAAAUUGCUGAAGCUGCACUUCAUGAUAUGAUUAAUGAUUCCAUUGAACAAUUCUACAGAACAUAUGCAUCCUAUCUGGAAAGGCCAUAUGAUAACCUCCAGAAACUCAUUAAACAGGAUAAUAGCAUUUCUAGCAUUUCUAAAUGCAUUAGUAUAGUCCAAGAUAAACUUCGAACUGUAGAGGAAGAGGGAGAUAGCAAGCAUCUACUUGCUAAUGUGAAAGGAAUCUAUCUUUUGGCUGAUGAGUAUGAUGCAUUUAGCAAUGAAUACCUUGAUCCAGAAGACCAUAGUAUUACACCACUUUCAAUGACUGAUCAUACUAGUGGAUUCAACGUUGCAACCAAUGUCUCUUUUGCAAAAGAACUUGCAGGGCUUUGUGGUCUCAGUCAUGAAGAUGUAUGUGCUGCUCUGCAGCUGCCUUUUAUGCAUUUAAGUAGCAUAGAAAUCCAAAAACUUUUUGACAUUAUGAAACUUACAAAAAAUCCAAACUUGGGAAAUCCUCAAUGUCAUGACCACAGAGUAAAAGCGCAAGCUGCAUUAAUAGCCUUUGAGCUCGGCGUACUUAAUCUUCUGACAGAAGGUGCUGGAUGUGUGCCUAAUCUUCUGACAAAAGGAGUUCUGAAAGGUGCUCAGGGUUCGCCUAAUCUUCUGUUAGGAGAAGUUUCUAACCAAUAA